UGGCCUGGUUGGAUGACGGACCAAAACGAACAAAACGUCAAGUACUGCUUGCUCGGUGCGCUGCCCAGCAAGCUAGCUAGCUAGCCAGCUGAGCUCUUGCCUAAAGUCUAAGAAAGAUAGUAAAUUGCCGGAUGAUGAGUUGUUCCACUGGCUGGGAUCUGGUGUUCCACCAAGAUUGGGAAGGCGGGUCCCGUUUGAAGUUGCGCCAAUACCGGUCGAACCGAUCGGGCUUGACCCUGAUCCGGGGGGAUGUGGCCGGCCCACUCGUCAAUGGAUACUUCUGUCUAGCCACGGAAGCCCAUGACGACGACGGAUUGCCGCACACACUCGAGCAUCUCAUCUUUUUGGGCAGCCAAGAUUGGCCUUUCAAGGGCGUGUUGGAUCUGAUUGCCAACCGUUGUUUGAGCUCGGGCACCAAUGCUUGGACCGAUACCGACCAUACCUGUUACACCAUGACCACGGCCGGUUCGGAAGGCUUCUUGAAUAUGUUGGGCGUGUACAUGGACCACAUUCUUUUUCCCACUCUGACUGAAGCGGGCUAUCUCACGGAAGUGCAUCAUGUCAAUGGGCAAGGACAAGACGCCGGCGUGGUGUACUGCGAGAUGCAAGGGCGUGAGAACACGGCUGAAGAGCGCGUCCAAAGGGCCCUUCUACAAGCACUCUAUCCCGGGCACUGCGGCUACAAAUCCCAGACGGGCGGUCGACUCCAAAACUUGCGGGAUAGCACGUCCCACGCCAAGGUGCAGGCUUACCAUCGAGCCUUCUAUCGCGCCGAGAACUUGUGUCUCGUCAUCACGGGUCAAGUCUCGGAUGAGCGUGUUUUCGCUGCCCUGGCCCCCAUCGAGGACAAGAUUCUCGAGAAACGUAGCCAGGAACCUCUGGCUCCAUUCCUCCGACCGUGGCAGAAUCCGGUGCCCGCAUUCGAAGCGGAUUUUGUGCAAGAGAUUCUCUAUCCAAACGACGACGAACUCGACGGCUUGGUUUACCUGGGAUGGCGGGGUCCAAAUGGCACUACCCAUCUCUACGUGCUCUUUGCCACCAUCAUGAUGAUGGAGUAUUUAACAGACUCGCCCAUAAGUCCGUUUCAAGCGGCCUUCGUGGAAGCGGACCAUCCUUUGGCCAGCGAUGUGUCCUAUCAUAUGAUCGAGAAUCGCGAUUGCACUGUGUUUUUAUCCUUCGACAAUGUGCCCUUGGGUGACGUCCAUCAAAUUCAACCCGUGACGGCCCAGACUCUUGACCAGGUGCUGGACAGUGGAGUGGACUUGCACCGAAUGAAAACCCUCAUUGAGCAGCGUAUUCUCCGAGAACUUGGAGAGCGUGAGCACGGCCCGCACGACCUCAUUGCCCAAUUGGCUAUCUCUCAAUAUCUUUAUGGAACCUCGGAGCAAGAUUUCAAAGAAAGAGCCAACGCUUUACAAGCUUAUCGGAGACUCUCUGAGGAGACACAUGAGUUCUGGCUUGAUCUGCUGAGUGACAUUCACCGUAAGCCCAAAGCCGUGGUGAUAGGUCGACCCAGCGUCCAAUUGCAAACGGAUUUGGCUAAUGAAGAAUCUGAUCGAAUCAAACAGCGGGUGAACCAAUUGGGAGAUGACGGCUUAAAAGCCUUAGCCAAGGAAGUCGAAAAUGCCAUGGCCGAGAAUGACGUUGACGUUCCUGUGGAGAUCUUGGACGCAUUUCCCGUUCCAUCAGUAGAUCCGAUACAAUUCCAUCAAUUGGAAUAUUGGAACCCAUUAGCCAACUUCAGCUCAAGUUUCCGGAAUCAAUCACUACCCCAAGUGGGUCCGAAUGAUCACAUGAUUCAUGCAAAUACAAACUUUGUGCAUUUGCUUGCGUUCUUAGACACCGAGCACCUUCAUAAGGAUGUCCGAAAGUAUUUGUCAUUGUAUAGCGAACUAUUGUCCGAGUCCUCAAUGGAAAUCGAUGGCCAAGUCUUGCCCUUUGAGGAGGUAAUUCAAAAGAUGAACGAAGACACAAUUUACAUUGGAUGUAGUGUUGGAUUGCACGGAAGUCGCUUUCAAGCCGGACCAAGCUCUCGAUAUGUCGUCAUCUCGGUCCAAAUUGAGCCCAGUAAGAUCCAAAAAGGCUUCGAUUGGCUCCAUCGGUUCCUCCAUAAUGUUCAAUUCACCGUUGAACGUGUCCGAACAGUGGCGACUAAGAUGGAAAACAGCGUGUCUGAAUUCAAAAGGGAGGGCAAUUUUAUUGCCAAGACCAUCAACAACUUGUUAUCGAUGAAUGCCGAUAGCAACAAAGUAUUAUCUUCCAUCUUCCAACAAGAAGGAACCUUAAAGUACACCAGGAAGAGCCUUACAUCUGGUUCGAAAACUCGACCGCAAUCCUCCGUCAACCCAAAACAACCGAAACAGCAUCCUGUUCUGGAUAGCUUGGAGUACAUUCAAAGUGAACUCCCAAGAAGUAUGGCUCUCUUCAUUGCCGCGGAUUUCGACCGUGUUCAGGUCCCGUGGGAUCUAGUCGAUAAAUUGUCCAAAACUUCUAGCAGGACCAACGAAAACAAGAUCUCAUUUGGGAGCGAUUUUCAAGAUCGGCAAGUCGAAAGUCGUCAUAUGAUUGUAGGCAUUGGAUCCGUUGAAUCCAGCUACUUGAUCCAGAACGUGGCCUCCCUCACAGAUCCCGACCAUCCAGAUUAUGCGGUGCUCUUACUUUAUCUACAGUACUUUUGUCAGUUAGAGGGACCUUUGUGGCGUAAACUUAGAGGACAAGGCUUGUCGUACAGUUACUCGAUGGACGCAAAUGCCUCAAAGGGCUUUCUUCAACUGGCCUUGUUCAAAACCAGUCAUCCUCAUCAGGCUUACCAAGCUACAAAGGAAAUCAUUAUGGGGUCUCUCUCUGACCAAUUCGAAUACAACGAACAGGAGAUCGAGUCGGCCAAAAGCUCAUUAACCUUUAGUCUGCUGGAGGCAGAGGAAAACGUACAAGGAUGUAUUGUCGAACAAAUUAAAAGAACCAUUCGUGGUCUAGCGGAUGAUCAUCAAAAAAAUCUGAUUGAUCGCAUCCUAAAGGCCAAUGAAUCCGACCUUCGUCGAGUGAGCCGUUUAUACGUGACACCUUUGUUAUCUGGAAACGAUACGCGCAUGGUCAUUGUUUGCCACCCCAGCAAAGCCAAGAGCAUUCAAGCUGCCUUUCAAACAGAUGGGAAAGAUUUUGAAGUCUUCAUGUCAGUAGAGGAAGUGUCGGCUUCGCUCAAAUGAUUGCCUUUCCACGUCUAGGAACCGCAUAGAUGGUAGUGUUCAAACCAGUUGACCGAUCCCCCACCUCAUCAAUCCCCUGUCAGUGACAUGUGCUCUUGGAUGUAUUUGGCCACUUUUUCGUGACCAAAUCGAAUCGCUUCCUCCAGAGGUGUAAAUCCCCAUCUAAAGCAAAACAGAUCAUAUACAGAUAUAACAGUCAUCAUUUUGGAUCAUUGUACACUUAUGCGUCAUACUAUUCAUUUGAGAUCAAAUGAAACGCACAAGAACUGCAA